GGUCCAUGUUGGAUUGUCGCAAGUAUAGAAAAUUUAGAACUUGGAAAAGGAUGGUCGUAUGUCAGCUGCAAGAAGUGUCAAAAGAAGGUGGAUAAACUAGGAAACAUUUAUCAAUGCCCAAACACCAAAUGUAAACAUGAAGAUUACUCAGCAGUUAUUAGGUACAAGCUUCAGGUUAGGGUAAUGGAUACUACUGGAUCUGUUUCCCUAUUGCUGUGGGACCGUGAAACCAUGUUUCUCAUAGGCAAAUCCGCAAAAGAAUUGAAGGAAGGGUUUCUUGAGAAUACUGGCGCUGUUGAUAAGUAUCCCUAUCCAGUAGAGCUGAACAAUAUUCUCCAAAGAAAAUUCAUGUUUAAGGUUAUUGUCAAGAGAGAGAACAUUCAUCUGCAAAAGGAAGUUUAUAGUGUUGUUAAGCUCUCGGAUGAGGAGCAACUGAUAAACAAAUAUAGUCUUGAUCAACCUCUGGAUGACUUAACUGAACCUGACUUCAAUAAUAAUCAAGUAUUGGAUGGAGAGAAGGAAUGCGAGGAUUCCACUGAAGAUAACGACUUAAUCGAUAUUGCACAUACACCUGCGAAGAUAGGUAUAACUAAUGCGGCAACAAUGGUUGAAAAAGAUCCGAAUGCACAAUUGUCAGGAAAUAAAAUGAAGAGAGUAUUUAAGAAGAAGAAAACAGCAUAAGGUGUUUGGGAAUGUUACAGUUGGAUAAAUUAAGAACUGUUUGAUUAGUUAAUUUACUAUAUUAUUAGCAGCCUUAUUAAUGAUGAACAGUAUAUUUGAAUCA